AUGGUUGAGCCUGUGCCGUCAGAUGUAGAUCCUUUGGGGGCCUUUUCCUACCUCACUUAUAAUAACUAUGGCCAAUUCACAACAACAAAUCAGUAUCCAUACUCUUUCCAAUACCCUGUCAAACCAGAAUCAGCUGUAAAUCCACCUGUUACUGACAGUAGCAACAAGCCUGAAGAACGCAACACAGGGAAUAAAGAUCCUUCAAUAGAACCUUCCACUGAUGUUAAACCUAUAGUAUCAAAUGGCAGGGUAAAAAAAGAAAAAAAGAAGUUUAUUUCUCAGAAAAUAACAGAAGAAGGUUACCCCUUUUAUGGCUGUGCUGUAUGCAAUAUCAGUUUCUCAUCUCUCCGUGAAUUAGAUACACAUGUAAUUAUACACAAGGAGAGAGUGACUAGCUAUGAUUUAAGAGUAAAGAACCAAUUGAAGAAGAAGAAAUUAAAAAAAGAACAAAAGAAGUUAAAGAAGAAAAAGAAAGACGGUUUGAAAGUUCUUGACAUUGAAAUCAAACCAGAAGAUGGGUAUAUAGGUAGUGAAAAGGUUUCCGAUGUCAGCUUAAAUAAUAAUGAAAAUGAAAAUAAGAGGGUGGAAACGGAAAAUGAUAUGUUUCUCAAGAUUUAUAAAUGCUUUGCGUGUCAGAAACAGUUUACUUUAAGUUAUUAUCUUAAACUUCAUGUUCGGUCUCAUACAGAUGAGAAGCCGUAUACCUGUGAGCAGUGUGGACAGUCCUUUAUAACGGCAAGCAAACUGGGAAGACACAACAAACGACUACAUCUAUCUGUGAGGUACCAAUGUCGGAUAUGCUAUAAACAGUUCUAUAGAUUUGAAAUAUUAACACGACAUUUUGAUAAGAAACACGCAGACGAUAAGUUAGAGGGCGAGCCGUAUGAUUUCAACGCAAUACUACCAUAUCUAAAAGAACUGGAAGAACAACUGCGUGAGAAGCAAGAAGAAGAAAAGGUGAAACCGCCAGAAGACAUAUGGUCGGGCGAUUGGCCGAGUGAACUGAAAGACAAAGACCAAAAACUACCAGCAGACCAAAACAAUGUCAAGGAUUGCAAAAUAGAAAUAAGUAUAGAAGAAGUGAAAGUGUCAAUGGACGAAGUGGAGGUCAAGCAGGAGACAGAUGAUGUUGUUAAUGAUGAUGAUGUUUACAAUGAUGAUGUUAUUGACAGUUAUGCGAAUAACGAUUACGAUGCCGGAUUCACUGGUGAUGUUAAAGAGGAGAUAAGAGUUAAGAACGAAGGAGAUAGAGACGACGAUUCAGACGAAGACUACUUCCCAUCAAACACUUGGUUGAAGGCCGAAGAGUCCUUGGACUCCGCUCCAGUGCCAACGAACGGUGUCAAAUGUCCCGUCUGCAACAAGAGUCUUAGCACGGCGUCGUAUAUGCGUGUGCAUAUGCGGACACACACCGGCGAAAAGCCCUUCAAGUGUUUCAUAUGCAACAUGGGAUUUAUCACCGCCAGCAAGAUGCAUAGGCACGUGCUGACACACCCCGAGUCUUUGAAGGAUCAUCCGAAGGCAGAAAAUAAAGUUGAUAUCAAAGAUGAACAGAAUGAAAAUAAUGAAAAGGAAGAAGUGAAGAGAAACAAGAAGACUUCAAAGAAGAUGUGUGAGAAGAGUAAGAAAUACAGGUCGAGACCGCACGCUUGCGAAUACUGCCACAAGAGGUUCUUGCGGCUGGAUACGUUACAGAUACACAAGAAGUCCCACGAAGGAGAAGAGAAGAAGUACAAGUGCUACUUCUGCCUCCUGGAGCUGCAGGACGAAGAGAAGUUGAAGAGCCACGAAGCGACGCACACGGGACCGAAGCCCUACGAAUGUACCAUCUGCAAUAAGCUCUAUAAGAAGAGAGAGAGUAUGCUGUACCACAGAAAGAACCACAAGCCGGAACGGGAGUUCAUCUGUGACAUAUGCACGAAGUCAUUCAACGCGCAAUGCAAGCUGCAAAGGCAUAUAAUAACACAUAGCGUGGAUAAAUAUAUGCUGAAGUACGAAUGUCCUGUGUGUGCGCAUAUGUUCAACACGAAGUACCAUGUACAGAUGCACCUGGCCACUCACCAGAGGGAGGGAGUGAUUCAAGAGGAGAACCGCAACGAGAUCCUGGCCAUGGUGCUGCAGAACGCGCGCCGGAUACCGCGGAAGGGGGAAACCCACACGCUGACGGACGUCAUCCCCUCGGACGAGCGAAGCCGCGUCUGCAACAUCUGCGGCCAGGUCUUCCAGCACUUCUACUACCUGGAAGAGCACCUAAAGAGCCACGGGUCCAAGAUCGCGAUAGAGAACAUCGAUAAAGAGGAGGAGAAGAAGUACAUCUGUGAGGUCUGCAACAAGGGUUUCAAACUCCACUACUACCUGAAACUCCACAGCUUCACCCACACCAAGGAGAAGCCGUUCAUCUGCCAGCAGUGCGGCAAGGGGUUCAUCACCAGGGGCAAGUUGAAACGCCACCUGGAGACCCAUACGGGGCUCAAGAAGUACCAGUGCCACAUUUGUUGCAAGUUCUUCACGAGACCCAGUUAUUUGAGGAUUCACGUGCGGACGAUACACGGGGCGCAGUUGGUGCGGUUGGGGUUGACCUUAAAAAAAGUUCAGCCCGAGCAUGCUGGAGGAUUCUUCUUUGUAAAGACUGUGUCCUGGGCCUGGUGGCAGAAGAUAUUGAGAACCAAUUUGUUCCCAAAUAAAUUUGUUAGGAGGGAGCAGCAGCAAAUGCAGCAGUGUGCUGCUGAUUCUUUCAGGCUGAACUCCGCUUUGCGUUGGCAUUUUGGCAUUUUGAGUUUACACUUGGUGCAGGAGGGAAUUGUUCGCUUGCACGUCCUCGAUAGGAAGUUGAGUUGA